AUGGAAGAGGACGAAGAGAAUCUGUACGGAGGCAUUAAUGAGUCUUCAAACGAUGUUGGACGUCCGCAAAAAGAGUUUGUAUAUCAAAAAGAUGAUUCAGACCGGUUCCGCACACCUUCCAAAAUGAAUUUGCAAAAGGAUGAUAACGGCGUUGAUGUAACUUCUCGUGAAAACACACCUUUUUACUGCACACCUGAGUACUGGGAUAGUUUCAAGGGUGAUAUGGAUGAUCCUGUCCAAGUACCAGAAGUAUCAGAUGAAAAAGCUGCCACAUCUUUAGAGAUGGACGAAAUCGCAUCGCAUGCGUCGGUUGGUUCUCAAGGAGUACAAGAGGAAGUGGAGGAGGUUACUGGCAGGCGCAAGCGCAGAGGAUCACAACAUGUCAAGUCUCCUUAUGUGGUCCCUAAACCAAACAAACGUGCAAAACGUUCUGCCAAAGGAAAAUUGUUCCAAAAUGGUGAUGUUAACAAAUCUGGUGAUGAGUAUGAUGUGGUGAAAGCGUCCAUCAAGUACGUGCGUGCGCAUGAGCAUUUACAAAAACAUGCCAAAACAGAAAUUUUCAAUGAUGGCAUGGAAGAAGGUCUCACUGUGAGGAGAGCUUGUCAGAUUAUUAACCAUGAGUGGCUAAGUGGCGACGUAAGUUAA